UGGCGAAGCUCCUAAUUUUGAAGUUGCACAUUAUGCUCCAUAAUACUUCACCGCCGUCCACUGACUAAACAAUGCAGUCUCCGCCGAUGGAGCCCACCGGAAAAGCUCAAAUGCACGGAGGAAGAAUCACUCCCUUCCUCCUCCUCACAUGCGCCGUCGCGGCCUCCGGCGGCGUCCUCUUCGGCUACGACCUCGGAAUCUCUGGCGGAGUGACGUCGAUGGAGCCGUUCCUGCGGGAGUUCUUCCCGGCGGUGCACGAGAAGCGGUCGCCGGGGGGAAACGACUACUGCAGGUUCGACAGCCAGCUUCUGACGGCCUUCACGUCGUCUCUGUACGUCGCCGGACUCUUCGCCUCCCUGUGCGCGUCGCCGGUUACGCGGGCCCUCGGUCGCCGGGUCUCCAUGAUCCUCGGCGGCGCCGCCUUCACGGCCGGAGCCGCCCUCGGCGGCCUCGCACGCAACGUUUACAUGCUCAUCCUUGCCCGCGUCCUGCUCGGCGUCGGCGUCGGAUUCACCAAUCAGGCCGUCCCUCUGUACCUCUCCGAGAUGGCUCCGCCGCGCCACCGCGGCGCCGUCAACAAUGCCUUCGACUUCUUCAUCGUGAUCGGGAUCCUCGCCGCCAACCUCAUCAACUAUGGGACCCAGAGAAUCCGCUCUCACUGGGGCUGGAGAAUCUCGCUCAGCUUGGCUAUAAUUCCGGCCACCGUUCUCGCAGCCGGCUCCGUCUUCCUCCCUGAAACCCCGAACAGCAUCCUCCAGCGCUCCACCACCCCGGCCUCCGUCCAAACCGCCGCCCAAACGCUCCGCGAGAUUCGCGGCGCCGACGACGUCCAGGACGAGCUCGACGACAUGAUAGCCGCCGCCAAGGUUUCCAAAAUCGGUUCUUUUGGAUCCUUCGCAGCCCUCCUGCGGCCGGAGUACAGGCCGCAACUCGUACUGGUGGUGCUCAUCCCGUUCUUCAAGCAGAUGACCGGGAUCACCGCCAUCGCCUUCUACUCCCCUGUCAUCUUCCGCACCAUCGGCCUCGCCGAGCGCUCCUCUCUGCUUUCCACGGCCAUCGUCAGCGCCAUCACCGUGGCGUCGGUUCUCGGAUCGAUGCUGACGGUGGACCGGCUCGGCCGGCGCACUUUGUUUUUCGCCGGCGGUGCCGCGAUGCUGGCGUCGCACCUCGUGGUCGGCACCGCGCUGGCGGCGGAGCUCGGGUGCGCCUACGCGGUGCUGGCGGCGACGUGCGUGUUCGUGGCGGGGUUCGGGGCCUCGUGGGGUCCGCUGGGGUGGCUGGUGCCGAGCGAGGUGGUGCCUCUGGAGGUGCGGUCGCCGGGGCAGAGCGUGGUUGCGGCGGUGACGCUGUUGAUGGCGGCGGUCAACGGGCAGAGCCUGCUCGCCAUGCUCUGCCGGCUCAAGUUCGGCGUGUUCUUCUACUUCGCCGGGUGGGUGGUGGCGAUGACGGUGUUCGUGGCGGCGAUGGUGCCGGAAACGAAGGGGGUUCCGAUUGAGAGGAUGGAUUCAAUAUGGAAGCAGCAUCGGAUUUGGAAGCGGUUUGUGACUGGGGGAGAUCAAAACAGACCCUUCUUUUAAUUAAAACUAAAUCAAGGGUGUAAAUGAAUAAUCAUACUGAACAUUUUCAAGAGUAUAAAUAAAAACAUUGGCAAAUUUAAAGGCA